AUGCUGAAGAUCCUCACGAAAAAGCUCAGGAACCAGAGUUUGAACGAAAUUCAACCUUUCCAGCUAAAGAUCUCCUAUCCCCCAAGUGAUGAGGACAGCGACGACUCUGAGGGAGAAAACCAGGAACUUGCUCAGAUCGACAGAGAGAGAAGACGGAAUUGUACCUUGACCCCUCUGGCCACCAACCAGCUCCAGAACCAGGAGAACCAAUGCUGCAAGGUUCGAGCCCUCUUCCAUGCCAGCCUUGACCGCCACAGCUCAGAAGAGGAGCUGGAGCGCAUCAACCGAGAGUUUGCCACUGAGAAGCGGAAGUGGUCCCAGGUCAGCAGGCUUGCCUGCUGCAGUGACAGCAACAACACCUCCUCCAGUGAUGAAGAAGUGAAGAACUUGUGUGCUAUGUCCUUCCGGCCUGUGGCAGAGCAGGCUGAUGGCUUGCAUGCCAGCCCAAGCCCUGUGCUGUUCAGUGCCUCCCCUCCCAAGAGACUCCAGCCCCUGGUGCGGAGCCCAGCCUCCAGACCUUUAAUCCUCACUAGUGUUGGGGCAGGCCUUGAGCAAGUUAUGCCUUGUAAGAGACAUCGACAAGGAUGUGGGGCUAAGGUCAGCAGGCCCAGCCUUGACCUGGAAAAAAUGCAACAG